GUUUGAUUAAAAUGAGUUUACAAACUAGAUCAAUGGAUAGGACUACUGGAGAAAAAGCUCAAAAUUGGCAGUAAUAUAGGAUAUUUAUAGAAGAAAUGAAUUCUCUAAUAGGUUCUGCUCUUGUAGAAGAAUUUCGAAAUGAUCAUGAGAAUGAUAUUAAUCCAAAUAUCAUUGUAGGAAAUGGAGAAAGAUUGCCAAAAGGGGCAACAAAAUUAAUAAAAUCGGCUAAUACAACUGAAUUAGGUUAAGUUGUAUUAGAUUGUGAUAUUAUUAUAUUUCAUUAGAAUUAUUGUUAAGCUGAGUAUGCAUUCAAAUUAUUGAAAUAUGCAAAUUAUGCAACUCCUAAAACUUUUGUUUUGAUCAGUACUCCUUUAACUUGGUCGACUACAAAUUUAAAAGAGAAGAAAUAAGAAGAAACUGCUGUUCGAUAAUCAAUAUUGAAUGAAGAUGAACUAUAAUAAUUUAAGAAAUAUGAUAGAUUUACUGAAAAUGAUUUGUUAAAUAGAAAAAUCAACUAAUUUGAGAGGUUAAAACAUCUAGAACAGUAAGUAUUAGGAUGUGAAAAAAAAGAAUUAAAGACUUAUGUAAUUACUCCAGGAUUAGUAUAUGGAAAUGGAGAAGAUAUAUUGUAUGAACUUUUUAAGACAGUUUGGAUGACUCCAGAUGCUGAAUUACCAAUAUACGGUGAAGGAAAUAAUAUAAUUCCAAUGAUUCAUGUUAAUGAUUUAGCUAUUAUAGUAAAUAAAGCUGUUUUUCUUUGUCCUUAAGAUAAGUAUAUUUUUGCUGUAGAUUAUGAGAAUAUGACUUAGAAAAAUUUGAUUACAACAAUAGCUAAAAAUGUUGGGAAUGGAAAUACAAAAACAGUAUCAUAUUGUUUUGAAAAGAUGUUAAUGAUGAAUGUAUGGUUAAGACCAACUUAAAUAUUUGAAUCUGAUGAUCAAUACAUCGAUGCUAAAAAGAAUCCUAUUAUUAAUUGGUAAUAUAAAGAGGGAUUCACUAAAAAUAUUUCAAAGAUAAGAGAUCAAUUUAAAAUCUAUCGUGGUUUAGAUACUGUUAAAUUAAUUGUUCAUGGAGGUCCAGCAGCAGGUAAAUCUUAUCUGAGUUAGAAAUUAUCAACAUAUUAUCGCAUUCCUCAUAUUUAAAUCAAAAAAUUGAUAUAGGAUUUGAUUGACUCUAAUACUGAAAUAGGAGAAUUAGUAAAAACAACCCUCUAAUAAAUUAAGGAAUAAUUGAUAGCUGAAGCUUAAGCAAUAUUUGAAGGUGAAAAGAAAAAGAAAAAGAUUCCAAAAGGUUAACCUGAACCAGUCUUUGAUUCCUCAAAUAUUGUACCAAGACUUCCUGAUUCUGUUUUGAUAAAAGCAUAUCAAUGGAGACUUCAAUAAAACGAUGCUUAAAAUCUUGGAUAUGUAUUGGAUGGAUUUCCUAAAACAAUGGAAUAAUUUGAAAAAUUAUUUCUAAAUGAGAACAAUUAAUUAAUUGAUGAUAUUAAACCAAAAGGAGUCAUAUACUUAAACUAUUCAGAUGAUGAGUUGAAAGAAAAAGCUAGACUUAUUAUUGAUCAGCCAAGAUAUACAGAGGAUUAGAUGAGUAGAAGAAUAGCUAAUUUUAGAAAAUCAAACGAUUCUUUACUAGAAUAAUAUGAGCAAUUUGAAAUAAAGAGGAUUAUCGAUUCUGAAACUAUAUUUGAUUAGGCUUAAGAAUUUAUUACUCGUAAUGGUCCUAUUUUAGUGUUAUAAGAUAAAUCAGAAGAUGAUUAAAUUUAAAUUGAAAUAAUGUAGGAAGAUGUAUCUCCAGAUUUAUAAAUAACAUAAGAAUAAUAAUAAUUAUAAGAAAAAGAACAGGUUAUAACCGUUACUUAAUCUUAAGUUUAAUAAUCUUAAUUAGGGGUGGUUAAGAAAAAAGGAGAUUAAUUGAAUGUAAAAAUAAUUUUUUAUAUAUAGAAAUCUUUAAAUGAAAGCAGAGUUUCAAAAGAAAAAUAAAAAUUGACUGAUGAAUAGAAAUUUGAAUAAUAUAAAUAGUAGGAAAAAGAGCAAUUAGAUUUAAGAAGUUAACCUCUUAGAUAAUAUUUAGCAGAUAAUGUAGUUCCAUAUAUAGCUGAGGCAUUAAUUGUACUUUGUGAAAAACAUCCUGAAAAUCCAAUUCAUUUUUUAGCAGACUUUUUGGAAUAAAAAGGAAAUGAAUUGUAAGCAAAUGGUUCGAUAGGAUAAUGA